GGCUCCCCGUCUCUUUUCCGUCCCAGGGCGCAGACUCGCGACCUGCCGGGCCGGAAGUCGCAGUGUCCCGGUGUGUGUGUGUGUGUGUGUGUUGUGUGUGUAUGUGAGAGUGUGUGUAUGUGAGUGUGUGAGUGUGUGUGUGUGUGUGUGUGUGUGUGUGUGUGAGAGAGAGAGAGAGAGAGAGAGAGAGAGAGGGGAUCGCGGACGGGUCCCGGCUGGUCUGGGCUGAGUGGUCGCUGCAGCUUCCGCCGCUGCCUCAGCUGGGGAGGAGGGGAGCGGGGAGCGGGCCCGCCGGCCGGGGCGAAGAUGCUGCCCCUCUCCAUUAAGGACGAUGAAUACAAACCCCCCAAGUUCAACCUGGUCCGCAAGAUCUCGGGCUGGUUCAGGUCCAUCCUCUCGGACAAGACCUCCCGGAACCUGUUCCUGUUCCUGUGCCUGAACCUCUCCUUCGCCUUCGUGGAGCUGCUCUACGGCAUCUGGAGCAACUGUUUAGGCUUGAUUUCCGAUUCUUUUCACAUGUUCUUCGACAGCACUGCUAUCUUGGCUGGAUUGGCAGCUUCUGUAAUUUCAAAAUGGAGAGAUAAUGAUGCUUUUUCCUAUGGGUAUGUUAGAGCGGAAGUUCUGGCUGGUUUUGUAAAUGGCCUAUUUUUGAUCUUCACUGCCUUUUUUAUUUUCUCUGAAGGUGUUGAGAGAGCAUUAGCACCUCCAGAUGUUCACCACGAGAGACUACUACUUGUUUCUGUGCUUGGGUUUAUUGUAAACCUAGUAGGAAUAUUUGCUUUCCAACAUGGAGGUCAUGGACAUUCACAUGGCUCUGGGCAUGGACAUAGUCAUUCCCUCUUUAAUGGUGCACUUGAUCAUGGACACGGACAUGGAGAUCAUGGCCAUAGUCAUGGAGACCAUGGUCAUAGUCAUGAAUUGAAACAGGAUACACACAGUCAUGAUCAUGGGCAUGGCCACUUUGACUGUCAUGAUGGUCCCUCAAUUAAAGGAACAACAGGACCCAGCAGACAGAUCUUACAAGGUGUAUUUUUACACAUUCUAGCAGACACACUGGGGAGUAUUGGUGUAAUUGCAUCUGCCAUCAUGAUGCAGAACUUUGGUCUGAUGAUAGCAGAUCCCAUCUGUUCAAUCCUUAUUGCCCUACUUAUAGUUGUAAGUGUUAUUCCUUUGUUAAGAGAAUCAGUUGGAAUACUGAUGCAGCGAACACCUCCAUCACUGGAAAGUGCUCUGCCUCAGUGUUAUCAGAGGGUUCUUCAGCUGCAAGGAGUUUACCAUUUACAAGAGCAGCAUUUUUGGACGCUUUGUACUGAUGUUUUUGUUGGGACCUUGAAAUUAGUAGUAGCACCUGAUGCUGAUUCGAGGUGGAUUUUAAGCCAAACUCACAAUAUUUUUACUCAGGCUGGAGUAAGACAACUUUAUGUACAGAUUGACUUUGCUGCCAUGUAGUGAAUCAUCAGAAAUUGUGCUCUUCGGACCAAAGUUUUCUGGUACUGUACAAUCUAAAACAUUGCGUCCUCAUCUUUUAUAAAAUAGAGCCAUCACCACUACGACAACCCGAGAUGAAGACCAAGUAGAUGCAUCUUUUAUAGGCUAGUGGAGAAGUUCUCUUCUAAGGAGCCCAAAUUAAAAGGAUCUAUUCUGGA